AAAUCUAGCAGCGCUUGUUAGGGACUGCAAGCAAGUUGCAUAGCUCCUGGAUUGACGUCGUGUCAGGAGCCAGUGACUUAUACACGAGCCAACCUGCUUCCUCCGGCUCGUCGACGCUACUCACUUACACAAAUUGUCAUCCCACCAGCUGCCCAGAUCCUACCCAAUCCUCCCCAUCUCCCCAGACUUCAAUCCCAUCCCACCUAUCUGGCCGCCCAAUUCACAGGCCAUUCGCCCCCAAUCGCUACAAUGUCCGUCUCUGUCACUUCUUCAGAAACACUCGCUUCGCCUCCAUCAAACGUCCAAGCUGAGGCGGAACGGGAGACGCUCAAGCUCUCGUAUGCCAUCAGGCAACAUCCCGUCUCUGUCACACUCGAUGGAACCACCAUCUUCCUCUCGGCCAUGGCUCUCGUUCUUCUCAUCCACUUUGUCGAGUCCUACCAUGCCGAACUCCUCGUGAGCCUUGUUCCUGUACUCCUGCUCGUCCACAACGACUACCACAACUUCCUCAACCUCGGUCCCGGCGGCACACCCUCUACUUUCCAGGGAUACCUCCGCAUAACUUGGUUCCGUCUAUGGUCUCUCCGAGAUCCCUUCGUCGCCCCAGACUCUGAUCCCUCGCGUCUUCCCACGGCGGGCAUUCUACGCCGCUGCAAUCUUCCCUACCGCGCGGGUCCCCGCCCUACUGUAGCCGGCAUCGCUCCCCAGCGCCAGCUUGACCAACACGGGUCUCGGUACUGCUACCGGGCUCUCCGCCGGUCGAUGGCGAAGAUUGCAGACCAGAAUCCCACCAAGUUUGGCACAGAGAGGUCUUGCCUCGAGAAACAUGGCCUUGCACUCUUCGCCAGACACCCGCUGCAGACCACUUGCCAGGGCGAGAUCUGCCAUGUCCACGACUCAGACCACUCCAUGCACAUGUGUUUGCAUCCAGAUGACAUCAAGCAAGUCCUGGACAAGGGAUGGGGCCAGAGACACCCACUCGCCUGGAGAAGCCGACUUCUUAAAAGCCCUGUGUCUGCUGACUUUGUCAUGAUUUAUGCGCCUCGAGGUAAGAAUUAUGACCAAGAACUUCAAGUUGUCUGCAACAUCAUUCAGGCAGCAAUCUGGUAUACCCUUGCCGAGGAUGUUGAAUUGGGCGUUGAUCUCAAAACCGCAUAACUUCAACGAGCCAAUGCCUGAAAAGAAGCUGAAUGAGACGCCCAAAAAUGAGGGAGGGUCCUAGUUUAAGUUAAAAGGAUAUAAUAGGACGC